GACCCAUCUAGCGAUGUCUUCGCCCCAGGCUGCAUGUUGGUCUCAGGGGACCCCAGUCUGCACUCAAGUUGCAUCCCCUGAAGCGAAAGAGGAGGAAGACAAGAUAGGCGAUGUCAGCGCCAAGUGCCAAGUGUCACACGGUGAGCACAAGGGGAGGUCAGUGCAACUCUUUCUCCCUGGGCAAUGAACAGAGCCACUCCCAGCUUAGUGCACUUUCCUGGAAGGAUAUUACCAGUGCUUUGUCUCUGGCCAACAUGGUGCUGGGGCUCUUCUCCAUCUUCUGCAGCUUCAGCAGGAAAUCCCAGUGUGCCUCCUGGAUGCUCCUGAUCAGCUUCCUGUUAGACACGCUCAUCGGGACGAUGACCAGACACCUCCAUAUCUGCUCCAAGCUGGGAGCGGAACUGAAUGAUUUUGCUAUCUUCACCACCUUCGGCUUGGCUUCAGCUUUGCUCCUGGGAGUGGAUGGGCCUCUGAACGGCUUCCUGGCCAUCAUCUAUGUGUUAGCCACUUCGUUCCGCCUGUGUUUUUGUCCAACUGGAGGCACACCUGUCUCCAAGGGGCUGCCCUGCCCCUAUGCUUCCUGUGUCCUGGCCUCCACCUCCCUGCUGACCAAAGGCAACACCUUCAUUCUCUGCUGCAUGGCCUCCCUCCUCAUCCUGUUCAUGAUUGACCAGAGCUACUACCCCCAUGAUGAGAUCCUGGAGUCUGAGAGCUGGAAGAAAGCAGUGUUUUUGGGAGGUGUCAUCCUGCUGUUUUUCUCCCCAUUCUCACUCACUGCUUUUUACUGCCUCCUGUGGUCGCUCUCCUACAUUUUCUUUCCAGAUGCCCUGUGGGGCAAGGCCAUUUGCUUCAGGCUAUGACCCUAGUGAGCCCUGCAGUCCGCCAGCUCCACCAGCCCUGCUGGGCGCCCUGCCAGCACAUCGAUGGACCACCCUGCUUUAGCCUCACUAAAGCAUUUCUUGUUGUCACAUGCUGCACGCCUGAUCUCUCAGCAGCCUUGAACAAGAACAGCCCACAGUGC